AGAGCAGAUGUCUGAAAGUACGAUCAUUUCGCGAUGUAUACACGUGAGUGAAAGGCAGCAUGUUUUCGGCUGUGGAUAUUUUGUUCUGAUUUAAUUGCGUUUCCUGACGAUCUUUUGGCUAUAUAAGAGAAAUCACACAGUUUAUUGAAGUUUAUAUCUUCAGCGAUUAAAUAAAUUUCAAGAAAAUCUGUAAAAUAUUUCCAGUGCCAAUAAGAAUUGUUAUUUUAAAAAAAUGUUAAAAUUCGUCGAAAUUGUUAAAAAUUUAACAUCUUUGAUGGUACAGGCAAAUCAUAUUUGCUUUCUUGCCAAACUGGGGCUGUAAUUAUUAAAUGUAAGAACAAUCAACGAUAAGAAGCGUUCUUUGUGAUUUUUGAAAGUGAAAGACGCUUGUUGUAUUAACUCUUCAUAAAUAUUCAAAUUAUGCAAAAAUUUUGUUAAAACUCGUAAGAAGUUUCCAAAACUGUGUUGGUUACUAUGAAAUACAAGAAACAUUAAUAUUGAUUAAAAGACGUUCACCAGCUAUGACUUACGGUAGCUUUUCUAAUAAAGAAGACUGAAUUAUCCAUUUAUAGAACUGAAUGGAUUCUUGGAUAACAGAGACAUAAUAUAUGCAUAGAAAAAAUAUGUAUAUAAAAACUUAAUUGAGCAAAAAAUAUAGGCAUUCUUUGAGUAGGAGAAAUAAAUGUUCCGAAAUCAUUGAAUGUGUUCGACAAAUAGUAAAACAGAGAAUGAUUAUUUAAAAAAAAUUAAUUAAUCAUUAACUGCCAAGAAAAAAUUAUUCAUGUUCGCAUAAAUAAAGUUUGAGGAAAAACUGUCGGAAACGAUAAAAUUAGUCUCCGCAGAUUUAGGUGAGAGUAAAAACACGUGGAAAAAAAUCCUCUUAACGUUGUUAGGACAGGAAAAAGCUCUCAGAAAAAUCACUAUUUUUUGUGUCUUCUCUCCUGUCGCCCAAGGGAAGAAAAGUAAACUUCUUUUGUGAAACAAACGUGAGUUGGACAGCAAAUGUAUUUCAGAAUGGAAACAUUUCUAUGAUUGUUUCCAGGAUUCUUGUUUUUGUGUACAAUCACCUGAAAAAAGUGGAGUUAGGAAGUUAGACUUUUUACAGAGGUUUUAGAGUUUGCUUUUUUAAGACGGAAUAUUUUGUGCUUUUAACAUGUGGCUCCAGAUUCUACUCAUAGUGUUUGGUGCUGGUGUUAGUAUAGUUAUGUCCAGCGAUCUUCUGACCAAGGGUCCAUCUUUCAUCAAUGAGCCACCAAACAAAGUGGAAUUCUCUAAUGUCAGUGGCACUGUCGUAUCUUGCGUGGCCGACGGCAGGCCCCGACCCAUCAUCACUUGGGUCAAGAGUGAUGGAGAGUUGAUUCAUGACUUGCCUGGUCUUCGUCACAUGCGUCAUGAUGGCGCAUUAGUGUUUCCACCGUUUUCUCCAGAAGAUUACAGGGCCGAUGUUCAUGCAGCCGUUUAUCGCUGCAUUGUUUCAAACAGCGUGGGCACCAUUGGCAGCAGAGAUGUGCACAUCAGAGCAGUUGUGCUGCAAAAUUAUGAAAUACGCCUGUUUGAUGAAUUUGUACUUCGAGGAAAUAUGGCAGUGCUUCGUUGUCCAAUACCCAGUUCUGUUGCUGAUUAUGUGAAGAUUACUUCAUGGGAAAGAAUUGACGGAUUUAUGAUUUCUCCACAUUUAGCCAGUGAUAAAUAUGGCAUGCUCGAAAACGGAGAUUUGUACAUCCAAGACACAUCCGACCACGUAAAUCCGUUUAGUUUCAGAUGUCACACAGAAAAUACAAUUACGAGAGAGAAGAAAGUGAGCACGAAUUAUUCAAGAAUCAUUGUCACAGAUCCACAUCAUGCUCAACCACCUAGAAUAAUGCAACGAUCCAGCAUCGUUAACGUACCCAUUGGCCAGAAAACGACACUGGCUUGCAUUGCUCAAGGGUAUCCAGUUCCGAGAUACAGAUGGCACAAACUUGUUGGCAAUCAGCCAGUUGCCCUGCAGAUGAGUUCUUCAGCAAGACAAGAUGGAGGUGUCCUUGUAUUUCAUAAGUCUAUGACCUCAGACAGUGGGCGAUAUGUUUGCCAUGUUAGUAACACCAUGGGAGAAGAUUCAGUCCAAAUCGAGCUUAUUGUUGAAGAACCACUCCGAGUGACAAUAACUCCAAGAGAAUUUCAAAUGGACGUCGGGAGAACGGCCACUUUCAAUUGCAAUGUCUCGGGAAAUCCAGUUGGCUCUGUUGUUUGGAAGAAAAAUAUGAGAUUGCUUUCUCCAAAUCCUCGAGUGGUUUUUCCAACCAAGUAUGUUGUGCAGAUGCGCCAGCUGAAAAGAUCCGACUCAGGAAUGUACCAAUGUUUUGUGAGUAGAGACUUAUAUUCCGCACAGGCAUCAGCGAGGCUGGUGAUAGGAGAUUUAGCUCCAAAAUUUAAGACAGUUUUUGCAGAAAAAACUGUUCGCCCUGGAAGCUACGCAUCUUUAGCUUGUAUAGCUACAGGCAAUCCAGAUCCCCAUAUACAGUGGAAGUUAGAUGGUAUUUGGCCAAUUUCAACACGACCGGGAAUUCUAGUGAGCUCAUAUCUCAGUGGCGAAAGUGUUGUUACAAGCUAUGUUAAUUUCAGUUCUAUAGACAUUCUUGAUAGUGGCGUCUACACAUGUGAGGCUCUUAAUGAUGCUGGACGAAUUUCACAUUCGAGAAGACUUAACGUGUUCGGACCUCUUUUUGUGAGACCAUUAGACAAUUUGACUGCAUUAGCCGGUGCAAGUUUCAGCGUAAUAUGUCCUUUUGGAGGAUAUCCGUUUGAAACCAUAACCUGGAAAAGAGAAGGAAGACCAUUGCCAGUCAACCAACGACAAAGGGUUUAUCCAAAUGGCACCCUACAGAUUAUGGACAUUCAACCGGGGGAGGACAAUGGUCAGUACAGCUGCGAGGUCACAUCCGGUGAAGGAAUGCAGCCUGCGUCUCGAACAUUCCGCAUCAUCAUUCGAGCUGGACCCAAGGUGGCAAGCUUCUCUUUUCGGGAUAAUCUACAUGAAGGAAUGCGGACAGCUGUCACCUGCAUAGUUCUAGGUGGAGACGGGCCAUUAUCUCUUAGAUGGUUAAAAGACGACGAGCCACUAGCUGAGCAGGAAUUAAAUGUGAAUGUCUUGCAAGAAGAAGAUGGCUCUAUAUCUACACUUACAUUUAAAAAUCUAACUUAUAAGCAUAACGGAAAUUACACAUGUAUAGUCACUAAUGAUGUGGCUUCUGGUUCAUACAGUGCAACUCUGACAGUUAAAGUUCCUCCGAGAUGGAUGUUGGAACCAAGUGACACUUCUACAGUUGCGGGGCGGCCAUCUAGAAUUGAUUGUCAGGCUGAUGGUGUUCCUCAACCACAUGUUAGAUGGAAAAUGGCAAUUAGUCAGCCCCCGGAGCAGUUCAAAACUAUUGUGAGCAGCUCUCACAUUCACAUACUGGUCAAUGGUUCUCUCAAUUUUCGCAGCGUGGAACCCAGUGAUGCCGGAUAUUACCUCUGCGAAGCCAAUAAUGGUGUGGGAUCCGGCCUCAGCGCUGUUGUCCGGCUGACAGUUCACAGUGCUCCUCACUUUCUGACAAAAUUUAUGGUCGUAAGCACUCGAAGAGGAGAUAAAGUCACGAUUGAUUGCACACCAGAAGGAGACAGGCCCAUGGCAUUCACCUGGAGAAAGAAUGGAAUUCUUCUUGACACAAGCAAAGAAACACGUUAUUCGCACAGAACAGAAACUACUGUGAAUGGAGAGCGCUCUAUUCUGACAAUAGAAAAAUCGGAUAGAAAAGAUUCUGCUCUAAUCUCAUGCAUAGCUUCGAAUGAUUAUGGCGAAGAUACAUUGAAUGUUCAAGUAACUGUGCAAGAUAUCCCCGAUGCUCCACAGAAUUUGGAAAUUCACGAUGUAGCUAGCAGAAGUGUCCGUUUAACGUGGCAGAAGCCCUUUGAUGGAAAUUUUCCAAUUACUAGGUACACCAUAAUGUGGAGACAAACUGAUGGUAAAACCAUUGGUGGACCUCUUCAUGUUCCUGGAAGUGAAACCACCCUCAUCAUUCGAGGCCUGAGACCCAAAACCCGUUACUUCUUCAGGGUGAAGUGCGAGAACUCUUUAGGAGAAAGUCAAUUUGGAGCCGAAGUAGCAAUCACGACAUUGGAAGAACCGCCAUCAAGUCCUCCUCAAUCAAUCAAGGCCAUUCCAGUAUCGUCUAAGUCUGUUAAUGUGACAUGGCAAACUCCAUCUGAAGAUCUUAACAGUAUCGAUGGCUUCUAUGUUGGAUUUAAAAUGGCAAGAAGUCCUGAACCGUACACCUUCAAACCUGUGGAUUUCAAAAAUACCCUUUUUCAGCAUUUUGAAAUAGGAGAUUUGAAUCGUUAUACUGAAUAUAGUAUAGUUGUUCAAGCCUACAACAGCCGAGGUGCUGGUCCCCCAUCUGAAGAAGCUGUGGUUCGAACACUGGAGUUCGAUCGUCCUAAUCCUCCUAUAAUGAGGCAAUAUUUUGCCACAUCUAGAACACUCAAACUCUCUUGGGAACCCAACAACCAUCCGAAUGCUCCAAUAUCAGGGUACAUUUUAUACCACAGAACCGAAGGGAACCAUUGGCAAGAAACUCACCUGACUGGAGAUAGGACAGCUUACACCUUGCACGAUCUUCAAUGUGGCUCAGCAUAUUCCUUUUAUUUGGUGGCUUUCAAUAGUGCUGGAAGGGGAAAUGGCAGCGAAAUAAUAUCAGCGAGGACAGAUGGAAGCCCUCCAAUCGCCCCAGAAAAGAGACUGCUUUUGUCCGUGAACUCCACAGCAUUAAAUAUCAAUUUGAAUAGUUGGCACAACGGAGGUUGCCCUAUAUGCUUUUUUGUCAUACAAUAUAGACCUAAUGGGCAACAAGAAUGGACUUUGGUCAGCAACAAUGUCAUUCCUGAGCAAAACAACAUCACGAUAACAGAUUUAAGUCCAGGAUCUUGGUAUUCAUUGCUGAUAACAGCUAGAAAUGAUGCAGGUUCAACUGAUGCGGAAUAUAAAUUUGCAACUUUGACUCUAUCAGGAGAGUAUCCACCCAGGCCCUCCAAAGUAAGCGAUAUGAGUGGAUCUUUCUACCGCCAUCUGACAAUCACAGUCCCAGUAGUCAGUUCCAUCAUUGUGUUAUUCGUCGUCCUAUUUGCAGUUUGUUUUAUUACAAGAAGGCGGACUUCUGGGACAGUGCAGAGGACACAGAACAAUGAUUCAGAUGGAAGAGAUCCCAUUAAAGCAGAAAAUGUCCCACUGUCAGUGACAUACGACGCUGGGCAAGAACCUACAUACUUACCUGCACCUUACACAACUAGCCGAGUUUCUGGUUACAACCGCGAGCACUGCAUUCUUCCUGGAUCUGGAAAUGAACAGAACGUUGGGACUUUUGGAAGUACGAGAAGCGGUUAUACGUAUAAUGUUCCACAUCCUCCGCGGAGAGUUGAAAAGAGCGAAUGUAUUUAUGCUUCUCCCACCAUUUAUAUAGCUGGAUACAGACACGCAGGCAUGGAAUUGAGAUCGCAUCGAGAACACCCGAUUUAUGAGGUUCCAGACCGAGGAAGGAUGAAAAUAGAAAAUUCUAGACCCUGGAGAGAAUCAGGAGAUGGAGAUUCCAGUUCUGAGUCAGAUAACGAAGACCUUUUGUAUACACUCCAUUCGCCCGACGACAGAAUUAUUCGUGACGAAGCCAGAGAAUCUGAAACAGAAUGUGAUAGGUUGUGGAAAACAUUCGAGGCUAACCAAUACGAAGGAAACAAGAGAUGGGCUGGAGAUCACACCGUUCUGGCAUGAAAAUGAAAAGAAAAAAAUUAUUCGAAGUUUGUCGAACAGCAGGUUAAUUAGAACCAGCUGCAUUCGGAGCUUAUACAAAAGAAAAUGGAAUUUGAAGUAAUUUUGGUUUCAAAUUAUGUAAACCUCGGUGCUUUUGUUUAUGGAUGCUGUUAAAACCGUGGCUAACAUAUUCGUAUUGUUUGUGA